AUGGAGGAGGCGCUGCUCUCCACCCCCAUCAACCCCAACAACUUCCCCGCCAAACUGUGGCGGCUGGUGAACAGCCCCCGGUACCGCUCGAUCCGCUGGGACGGCCGCGGCGAGGGGCUGCUCAUCGACCAGCCGCUCUUCGAGGCCGAGCUGCUCAGCCCGCCCGUGGCGGGGGCCGGCGGCUGCAGCGGCGGCGUCCGGGGCGCCAGAGCCGAGCCCGAGCUCUUCAAAACCACCAACUUCACCAGCUUCAUCCGCCAGCUCAACCUCUACGGCUUCCGCAAGGUGGUGCUGGGCGGGCCGGGCGCGGCGGGGCCCGAGCCGGGGCCUGGGGGCGGCGGGCCGGCGGGCGACGGGCCCCUCCACCACUUCCACAGUCCACACUUCCGCCGCGACCAGCCGCACCUGCUCGUGCACCUCAAGAGGCUCACCAGCGCCAACAAGGCCAAACUGGCGGCCGGCCUGGAGGUGCCCUGCCGGCCGCCCAACCGCUUCCAGAGGCUCCUCAUCACGUCGGCCUCGGCCUCGGCCUCGGCCUCGGCCUCAGCCUCCGCCUCAGCCUCGGCCUCAGCCUCGGCCUUGGCCGCCACCUCCCCGCUGCCACAUCAGGAGCCGCCGCCGCCACCCGCGGGGUCCCAGCCCGAGUCGCACGGACCAGUGGCUGUAGGACAAUUCCACCGGUCGUUCCGGCGAGAUAGUUUGUCUCCUUACUCCUACGUAUCAGCUCCAUCCCACAACCACGGUCCUUUCCCUCUGAAAGGUUUAGAUCGGACCCCGAUUCCUCCUAGAACAUGGCAGAACUCUCUUGGAAUGCACCCAGGACAAGUGGAAACGUCUCUCACUUUUUCAGAUAAAGGGGUUCCAUUUCCUGUACUACAGAGGUUUCCAACUGAGGUUACAUAUACCCUGCAGCCCAGUGCCACAUCCGUACAUGUUCAACAAGGUCCUCAAACAAUGAUCAGCUCCUCCCAGAAAUAUAGUAACUACACACCGUCAGCGCAGUACUCCCAAGCCUACUAUCCAACAGCUGUGCUGCAGUGCUGCUCUCCUACCCACAUGGAUGCGCUCAGUAGUUGUGUGACUCCCACUGCCCCUUCCUAUGCACACUGCAACUACUUCCAGAAUCCUCCAGUGCAAUCCUCCUAUCCAGUUGAAUUUCUGCCUUCUGAUUGGCCUUGCAGUGCUACUGAUGAAAAUAAAAAGUCAGAAUUAAACCUAGAGGCUGCUUUUCAGAUAGUAGAUGAGUUGCAUUCCUCCCCUAAAUUGGAGAUGGUAAAGGUGGAGCCUGUUGAGAAUCAGUGCUCAACAUCUCAGUCUAACAGAGGCCAACAUAUCCUAGCUAAUUCAAACAACAGCAAUCCAUCUUCCACAAGUCAGGCUAGCCAGCUGGAGCCACUUACUGCUGUAGGCUCAGAUAUUACGUCUUUUGUGGCUGGAACAGAACAAGCAAUUACCUGCUCUCUACCACAGUCACCUGAGUACAACUAUACCAUCCACACGGCUCAGCCUGUUGAAAACACUACAAUGCAGGAGUCUGCAGCCAGUCAGCAAGCUCAUGUCAAACCGAAGGAGCAGCUAAGUCAUAAUCCAUCUCCGUCUUCAGUAGUAUUUGUGCAGGAAGGGCUACCGUUCAGCACACACGAGGUGGAUGCCAGUAUAAAAUGCCAGAUGAAAACACCUGAGAAUAUCUUGCCUUCAGAACAGAUGGGAUUCCUUAUUUCAGAAAUGGGGCCUGCUAGCAAGCCUAGUAAAGACACAGGUUUAUCCACUCCAGCCAGAUACAGCGAGCGAAGAAGCAACUCACAGCAAGGAAAGUCCCCUGAUCUUCAUCUGCUGGUGGAUGUGGCCUGCAAACAGGAGCACUUUCCACAGGAGGAAGAAUUAAAAGAGUGAGAAUGGAUGACAAACGUGACAUUGUGCACUGGCUGUAGCUGGAGGCAGACUAGCCUUGCACAUGACACACUGUUGGGGCUCUUUCAGUUCUUUAAGGAAAAAAAGUAUUUUUUUUUGUUAAUUGAGAAUUUUGUUAAUUGAGAAUUGGGAAUUUGGUAUUUACUACAGCUGUUCAGUUCAGAUUGUUUACCUGGACAAACUACCAACCAUCUAGCAGUCUUUUUUUUUGCUGCCCAGAUCCCUUUCAAAUGAAAGUUCCUGGUCUUCUGUUACAGUCAAAAAGCAUCUAAAAACAGCUGCAUCUAUGGUACCGGAGAAUAAUCUGUGUGGGUGUGCUGGUUUGUCGUCUCGCCACUCUCAAAAGUAGUCAGCACAACUCCAGUGGGGAGUUCAGUCUAUCUGUUUCAAGUCACAGUGUGAUCCUUUUAGAGAAAAUUGUGUGAGAAACAAAGGCCUGUGAGGUAACCAAGAUCACAGGUCUAAAUGGGUCAGGAAUUCCAGGGAGAAACCCUGGGAAAGAGUUAAUUUUCUAAGUGAUUAACCAGGAAAUGCUCUUACUUCCUAACCCAGCAUUCUGUUUCAAAAGCAAGGCGUCCGGACUUGGACCAUCCAUCACACUUAACAGCCCCUGAUUCUUCUAUAUUUACGGGAGCGUUCUUCUAUUUUCAUAUCUUUCUUUAAUUUUAAUGAUACAUUAUC